AUGUAUCAGCCAAAUAUACCGGUAGUUGGUAUCCAUGCAGGGUCAUUUCUUUUCGAGAUUGCUAUAAGAACAGCGAGAGUGCCUGGUAAGCUUGAUCAUUUAUUGUUUGAUCAUGAAAGUUGUGCAAGGUUGGAGCCGAAGCCAAAGCUGGAUGGUUAUGCACCAGUUUGCUUGGGGGCAAUACUCGAAAUUAUUGAUGAUCCGGGAGUGCAGGAAGAUCGCUUAGUAAAGGUAAUCAAAGAUUCUGUUCCCAGAAUAUCUUAG